AUGAGCCUUUUAAAAGCAGAUCAAUUGCGGCGCGAUCUGUUCAUCAAGUAUAGCGAUAAAAUUGCCGAACUUCUUGGUGAAACGGAGGAAUGCAGCCCAACAGAAGAGCAGCGGGAAAAAGAAGAGAUCGAAACUACGGAGCAACGAGGUCUCAGUAGUCUCCCAAAGCGGUUCCGUAUUUCCUACCCCCGACAACAUCUUCUUAGGCAGCGUGCCAUGCAAAUGCCUCCUGCUGCUGAUGUCGGCGAUGCAGAGAACAGCCCCGCUUCCGCUUCUAAUUCAACAUGUCCACCACUCGGAGAGACUGCCACCGAUGAGGACGAAAAUGUAGAAACAAUAUGGGUGGAACUGGAUGAAGAGGAAAAACGACCAGUGUAUAAUGAGCCCUAUCCAUCAGUUAAGAGGAUGAUGCGGCGCAUGCAGGAUGAGUCAUUGCGUCUGUUGAUGCGUGAAGCUCGCAUACCAGUGACCCCUCACCAGGGCGAUGCGUACCUCUUGCAGCGGAUGGAGGUUUUGCAGCAACUAGAAAAGAAUAUUGGAGACGAUCGCAUCAAGAUUUUGGCGCGGUUGCAAAAGAUGGAUGGAAAACUUCAUACAUGCGAGUAG